AUGGAGAGUCCUUGGAGAAUUUGUGUUUGUUUCUACUGCUGUAUUCACUGGCUUUCUUCUAGCAUCCAGUGUUCCCCUCACUCCAGGGAUCGUGUAGUGUCUGACAAGACUUCUGGGUUACUGGUAGCUCCUGAGGACAACACCAGUAAGCUAAAUCCAUUGUUGCGGCUUCCAAAAAGUGUGAGACAUGGAUAUGCCCUCCUGCCUCCCCUUCUCAAGGUGUUGUCUGACCAGGAACGCCAGAACUGGGAAGGUGAGACUCCAAGGCUACAGCCAGACUCCAGAGCCCUUAGGUACAUGAAGAGGCUAUAUAAGAUGUCUGCUACCAAAGAGGGAAUCCCAAAGGCCAACAAAAGUCACCUUUAUAACACUGUUCGACUUUUCACUCCAUGUUCUGAAUGCAAGCACCACCCCAGGGGCAUAAUGAAAGGAGACCUUCACUCGGUGGAUUUACUCUUCAACCUGGAUCGUGUUACUGCUCUAGAGCACUUACUCAAGUCUGUCUUGCUCUAUUCCUUUGACACAUCAGUUCCCAUUUCUGCCACUACAUGCAUGUGCCAUUUAUCUGUUAAAGAGUAUGACUUUUCUAAACAAGUGUGUCCGAGUGUUUCACACUCUAUAGCUUUUAGUUUGCACUUUGAAUUUAGAAAACGCAAGUGGGUUGAGAUUGAUGUGACUUCUUUUCUCCAGCCUCUAAUUGCUACUAACAAAAGAAAUAUUCAUAUGGCUGUGAACUUCACUUGUCUGAUGGGUGAUCCACAACAUAACACUAAACAGGAAAAUUCCAUUAACAUGGCACUAGUUCCCCCUUCUCUUCUUCUUUACCUAAAUGAUACCAGCGAGCAAGCUUAUCACAGGUGGAACUCACUUAGACACAGAAGGAAAAUUCCAGUACGGCCCAGGCAAAGGAAGAGUCUACUUGCUGAUCCUAUGGAUGACCAAGGGAAAGAAAAUAUACAGAGUAAAAGGGCUUCUCGACGACGAAGAGAUGAGAAUUUGAAAGAAGCUCCAGCAACUCCACCUUAUAACUUGAGUGAAUAUUUCAAACAGUUUCUGUUUCCUCAGGAUGAGUGUGAGCUUCACAACUUUCGUCUAAGCUUUAGUCAACUAAAAUGGGACAAAUGGAUAAUAGCACCUCACAGAUACAGCCCUCAGUAUUGCAAAGGUGACUGUCCAAGAGUAGUUGGGCAUCGUUAUGGCUCUCCUGUGCAUACAAUGGUACAGAACAUAAUAUAUGAGAAACUGGACUCAUCUGUUCCAAAGCCCUCUUGUGUUCCUGCUGAGUAUAGUCCAUUGAGUGUCUUAACGAUAGAGCCUGAUGGUUCUAUAGUCUACAAAGAAUAUGAAGAUAUGAUAGCUACUAAAUGUACUUGUCGGUAG